UAGUUAGCCGACACUGUACUAUCCCUCUCUCUUUAAAGAUCUUCCCUUUUUAUUCUAAUAAUUUCUUCCUCUUUCUUUGUGUACUUCUCUCUUCUUCUUCUUCUUUCUCGACAAUGCCAAAGUUUAAGAAAUUUAGAGGUGUUAGACAACGUCAUUGGGGCUCUUGGGUUUCUGAAAUUCGACAUCCUUUACUGAAGAGGAGGAUAUGGCUCGGGACGUUUGAGACGGCGGAGGAAGCGGCAAAAGCGUAUGACCAAGCUGCGGUUUUGAUGUGCGGUCGGAACGCGAAAACCAAUUUCCCUACAACUCCUCUCAAUGGAGAUCACACCAACAACAACACUAUUACAACAACCAAGGAUUCACCAAAGGGUUUGUCUGAAAUAUUACAAGCCAAGCUCAAGAAAUGCUGCCGCACUCCGUCACCGUCGAUGACAUGCUUGAGGCUCGACACAGAGAAUUCGAAUAUUGGCGUGUGGCAGAAGCGUGCUGGGCAACGGUCGGCAUCCAACUGGGUUAUGACCGUCGAGUUAGGAAACAAGAAGAGGCUCGAUAACAACAAUAAUAACGGCGACAACGGCAAUGUAGAUUCUCCUAUGGCGGCUGUGGUUGCUUCGGAUCAUCAGUCUACGGUGGCGGAAGCGGCGGAGAUUCCAUCGGAGUUGGAUGAAGAAGAGAAAAUGUUGGCAUUGCAAAUGGUGGAGGAACUGCUUCACAUCAACUUUGAUCCUGCUGAGCCAUUUCAGAUUCAACAAGGAAAGGAUAUUAAUUAUCUUUAGUUUUAUGGUAAUGAAAAUGCCUCUCUCUCUCUCUCUCUCUCUCUAUAUAUAUAUAUAUAUAUUAACUUCUGUUCUUAAUUAAAGUUGUAAUCUUUGGGAACAUGUAAUAAUGUACUAUGAAAAACAAACGAAAAUAUAUAUACAUAUAACAUAAUUA